UGGACGUCGCGGCCCUGGCUCUUUCUCCUCCGCUCCUUCCUCGGAACCUUCGCUGCUCACCGUGCUGUCAUGAGCGCCGCGGCGGCCGAGGGCUGCUUCCUGUCGGCCCUGCAGCCCAACUCCUCCUGCACCGCCUACGGUCUCCCCUCGGACGGUCCGUGUCAGGACCCGGCGGCCAAGGCCAGGCGCGUCCAGGAGCAGGUCCGGAUGCGGCUGGCCGAGAAGAAGUGCUCCUCUCUGAGCAGGCUGGACGACUCCAGCCUCGGUGCCGCCGAGUACACGUCCCCUCCUCACAGCAGCUUCUCUCACAGCGCUGGCUUCAGCUCCAGGUCCAUGAUCCACACACCCACCCGCCCCAUGGCUGUGUCUACAGGACCGCUGUACAACGCCGGCUUCUCCUCCCGCUCGGCUGCAGAAACAAGUUCUCGAGUGUCCCAGUCCCGGAGCAGCACGGUGCACAGCAGCUACCAGACCUCCCAGGGCCACAGCAGAAGCCGACGCUCCAAGUCCAUCGGCCAGGCAGACCAGGAGCUUCAUUUGACGUUGCCCCUUUUCCCAGCAGAGAACGGCAACUAUCCCCUGCCGGUUCCCCCUGCUGGCAUUUUGAGACGCAGCCUCAGCGGCACGCUGGCUCAGGGCAGGGUCUGCCCACAGGAAGAGGAGCUGCCGUACCAGUACAUCUACAAAGGUCCGUCCCACCGCACCAUAAGCCGCAUCACCAACCGCCAGCAGCAUUUCCAGCAGCAGAACGCUUUUGGCCAGGAGAACUGGGCGGGGACCAGUAGGAUCGUCCCGGUCCAGGGAGAUGGCUGGGGCGCCCAGUGGCAGCAGCAGCAGGCUUCCAGGUCUAACCAUGGUUUUGAGUGUGGGUAUCAGACGUCCCCUCUGCAGAGGGUGGCCUCACUCCGCAGCGUGAGAAGUGUCGGGAAAGGCAUGGACGUGAUAGAGGGAGCCUCGAUACACAGCAACGACCCGAUGGGAGGGCUGCACGGUCUGGACAUGCCCACAGCAGUCAGGUAUCUCUCGGAGCAUGACACGGCCUUGCAGGCCCUCGGAGCAGCGUAUAUACAACACCAGUGUUACCAUAGCAACGACGCCAAAAACCAGGUGCGGGUCCUGCACGGAGUCCCAGCACUGGUCAACCUGUUCUCCAGUGAGAACGAGGAAGUCCAGCGCUUUGCCACCGGAGCCAUGCGUAACCUCAUCUAUGAGAACUCCGACAACAAAGCUGCGCUCAUCGACGCUGGGGGAGUGAUGCGCUUGGUCAACAUCCUGGGGGAGCCUGAUGAGGAGCUGCGGAAGAACAUCACAGGCGUCCUGUGGAACCUCUCAUCCAGAGACAACCUGAAGGAGAAACUAUCCAAAGAGGCUUUAGCGGAGCUCACAGAGAAGGUCCUCAUUCCUCUUUGUAGCAGCUUCCCACUGAGCCCGUCCGAGAGAGACAUCUUCUACAACACCACCGGCUGCCUGAGGAACCUGAGCUCUGUGAACCAGAAGACCAGGGAGAAGAUGAGAGAUAUGCGAGGCCUGGUGGACUCACUCUUGUCCUACGUGCAACAAGAAGAGCGGCCAAAUGACAAGGGUUUGGAAAACUCCCUGUGUGUGCUGAGAAACCUGUCCUACCAGCUGUACUCGGAGCUGCCCCCCUCAGUCCGCCACCGUCUGGAGGGUCCGACCAGAGGCUCGGCCCACAUGGAGAGGGACGCCAUUGGCUGUUUCAAUAUAUACAACAAGAAACAAUCGAAGCAGCAUCACCAGAACCUGUCCAUCCUGUCCGAAGUGUCGCGGCAGCCAAAGGGGGCGGAGUGGCUGUGGCACCCGAACAUUGUGGCUGUGUACAAACUGAUUCUUCAGAACAGUGACAGCAGCUGCGCCAGCCAGGAAGCAGCGCUGGGGGCGCUGCAGAACCUGACAGCCGGAGACGCUCGGUGGGCGUCGGUGCUGAGCACCGUGGUGCUGGAGCAGGAGAGGAUGCUGCCCAUCCUGCUGGAUCUGUUGGACACUGAAAAUGAGGUGGUGCUGAGACCACUGUCAGGUCUGCUGAGGAACCUCGCCAGGCACGGCAACAACAAGGACCACAUAGCCAAGAACAUGGUGAAUGUGCUGGUGUCCAAACUGCCCAGUGACGGUCAUCAGAAAACUCCCUCCAGUGAAGUAGUGGUCAACAUCUGCGGGACCCUGAAUCACCUGGUCACCAGCAGCUCCCUGGCAGCCAGAGACAUCUCCUACUUUGGUGGACUGUCCAAACUUAUGGGCAUUAAAACGUCCCACGAUAACAGCUCAGGGAGUCUGAAAGCAGCCCGAGCCGCCUCCACCGUCCUUUGCAACAUGUUCCAUUACAGCAAACUGCACAAAGACUACAAGAUGAAAGGCUUCUCCAGGCGAGACUUCACAGACAUCAGCGUCUGACUUCACACCGCUCCAGACCUUCUGGACCCUCUGGGGGCGAGGCCCGGCUGAGUCGCUGCAAGAGUUGGGAGUUUUUAAUCACUGCUUUGUCGCUAAGCUUGGAAGAUGUGUUUCAGAUGGAUGUAAAUAGUGAUUUACCAAAAAACACGCGGCUCCUUUUCCUCCACGGUGUUGGAUUCAAUUCCUUUCCUUCACAAGAAGAGUCUUCAUAUACUGUAGGCACUUGAAGAUCGAGAAAGUGUCAUAGAAACAUGGUCAACAUGAAUCCCCAGCAAAGAUCCGUCCAAGCAGAAGUGAUGCUCAGUCAGUGCUCGAGAACAUGGACUCUUCCUCCAUCAUGUCACAGUGGGGAAAAAAAAGACGUGUUUCAUAACAAAGAGGAAGUGGACCUGAAGUCGCCGUGGACUCACACAUGUUGCUUGUCUUGUCUGUACAGUGGAGGCGAGAAGGCAUCAUGAAUCACGACUGUAAUCUUUGUCUCGUGGCAUUUCCUGUCGGGGGUUGCCUCCCCUCCUCCACCGUAACCUCGCUCUCCUCUCCACACCAUCUGACCUCCCUAACUCGGCCUCCAGACUCCUCCACACCAGCUGUCCCUCUGACACGACAGUCUCUCAACCUUCCAUCACGGCAGGUCCCUUUCACUCCAGCCGCCUCUAUUCUGGGACACAUCACCUCCUCCCUGCCUGCGCUCUCCUCUUCGCACCAGGAAGAUUCGGAUGACGUGAGCCUGCCGCCCUUCCUCGCCGUGUAUCACCGCCACGUUUCUCCUCACAGGAAAUGAAGUUAGUAAAGAGGAAGUCUUCUUCUGUGACCUGUACUCUCAUCCAGCCUUGUCUCUCUGUUGCUACUGCUCCUGGUACUGUUUCCUCUGGCAUCAGCCUCGUGCUCAUGAAGAAUAAAGCUCGCUUUCAUAUG